GGCUAUGCAUAGCAACCACCAGGUAUCGGUCUGUCAGAUAGCUCUUCAGCAGUUUUAGAAGGGCACCUUCAACUCCGAAAGCUUUCAGCUUGGCCUGCAGACCCGUGUGCCACACAGAGUCGAAUGCUCCGGGGAUGUCCAAUGAUCAACAAUGUUGCAUCGCAUUUUUCCAUUCGACAAUAUGGUGGAUUUUCACCGAUACAUCGGAGCCUGGGCCUUGUUCUGGACGCUGGUGCACAUCAUCGGGCACUGUAUCAACUUCUACCACAUCUCCACGCAGACAGCCAUGGACCUGACUUGUAUUUUUAGGGAUUUCUUUAGGGGUACUCAUGUGUUACCCAAGUUCCACUACUGGUGCCUGCAGACCAUCACGGGCCUCACGGGCGUCCUACUUACCAUUCACACUGCCGUCAUUUACGCAUUUGCAUACUUUGCUCGACGGCACUUCUUCUGGCUCUUCUGGCUCACACACAACACGUACCCAGUCUUCUACGUACUCAUGGUCUUCCAUGGGUCUGGCAGGCUCGUACAGCCUCCGUUCUUCCACUUCUUCUUCCUCGGCCCCUGCCUGCUCUUCGUCCUCGACAAGUUGGUUUCCUUCUCGAGAAACAAAAUCCAGAUUGACGUGAUGAGCGUGACGCAUUUGCCAUCCAACGUGACGCUGCUUGAGAUCCGGCGUCCCCCGAAUUUCAGCUUCCAGUCGGGGCAGUGGGUUCGGAUCGCCUCCCUGGGCAUCAGCAGCAAGGAGUACCACCCCUUUACCCUGUCAUCAGCGCCCCACGAGGAAAACCUGACGCUGCACAUCCGCGCCGUCGGCCCCUGGACACACAAGCUCAGGAAAAUCUACAAGGACAAGGCCACCAUGCAGAAGGGAGAGAAGUUUCCGCAAAUCUACAUGGACGGGCCCUUUGGAGAGGGACACCAGACUUGGUGGGACUAUGAAGUCGUGGGUCUUCGUGGCCGGGGUAUCGGCGUUACGCCAUUUGCUUCCAUCCUGAAGGACAUCGCCUACAAGCUGGAGCACUCCAAGUAUCUCAAGACCAAGAAGGUCAUUUUCCUGUGGACAACGCGGAGCCAAAAGCAGUUUGAAUGGAUGACGGACAUCCUGCGCGCGGUGGAGGCAGCCGACAAGAGGAACAUCAUUCGCACGCACGUCUUCAUCACUCAGUUCAAGAGCAAGUUUGACCUCCGGACCAUCAUGCUC